GUCGAGUCGAUUUUGACGAUUGGUCUGGUGUUCGCUGGAUGUUCCGGAAGACAGGACUCGGCCGCCACAUUUUCGUGUGUGAUUGAGCAGUGGAGCCUCCGAAAUAAGCAAGUCGGUGGGUGCUGGUUCGAAUUCAUCGCUCAUUUUCAUCAUAUUAGCGAAUUAGCGUACUGUAGCUCACAAGAGGCUGAAUUUGGUGGAGUGGAAUUGAAGUAUUCGUUGAUGUCUCAUCGAUGAGGCUUUUCGGCGUGUUGGCUGACAAUCGUGGAACGCAUGUGUGCUACUGCGGUCGGAGCCCCGUGCUUGGAAAUGCCGCAGAAAGUGGACGCCCUCGCGAAGGUAGCCGUUUCACUGGUUCUAGAAAUCAUCACAACAGGAACUACUGGCGUUCGUGGGGAGGUCGACAUGGAGUUGGAAUGUGAUUGUAGGCGAAACUUGCGAAGAAAAUCCAACGGAUCGUCCCAUGCAGGAAAGUGCUGUGGAGCGACAGACUUCACUGAAAACAAGUAGAAACUGGAUACUUUUACUGUACAGGUCACUCCGAAGUCUGACGAGGUGCUGACUUUUAUCAUAUUUAGCAAUUACCAGCAGUCCAUUAGGUUGAGUUAAAAAGUAUUAUCUAACCAUGGUUUGGAUCCGAGAUUUGAGUCUGAAUUCGCUGGAGUGCACGAGCAGCAGAGAUUAGAAGGUUUAAGCACUUUUGGGACUGAUUUUGGAAAAGGCGUGUGAAUGCGCAACGGAAGUUUUGAUGUGUCGUAAUUUUGAGUCAGACUUACUGGCGUCAUCACACACUAGACUAGGGAGCGGAAGGAACAGUGAGGACUACAAGAUGCAGUUAGAUUUUCAAGAUGCUUCUUUAUCUCUGGUGGACGAGGGUAAUUAAUGUAUGUGAUGGAGGUUGGCAAGCAAGUUUGCUUAUUGAUUUGAGACUUAGCGCGUUUGCAGUUGCCCACACAUUGAGCCAGGAUAUACCUCGGUCUGAUUAUUCGUCAUGGACUUGUGUACUCAUUUGUGGGAGUGAGUAACUACCGGCGCAUUAGCUAGUGUUGCUUAACAAUGCCGCUCGGUCGCAUUGGCGGUGUAUUCCGAACUAGUGUUUAGAAAAUUGAUUGCGAGUACAUUCGGAUUCUGGUUUAGGGUUCUAGAAAACCAAGUUUGGUUCCUCGGGCGGGUGCAACGAUGAUCCGAGAUGGGCUGAACCCGUCGGUGAUGAAAGAGUUUCAACGGUCGCUCAGCAUUGAGACUCACCGGCUGCUGGUGCGUGAGACUCCCAAACACUCGCCGAGGCAUGGGUUGAUGCCCAGUCGGAAUCCUCGUAAAGCAGCGUUCAAUUGGGCUUUUGUCUUCCUUGCCGUUCUUCUCACGCUUUUGGCGGGUACCUUGUUCUUCCUCUCGUCCAUCCCAUCCGAGCAGCUCAUUGCACCAUCGGGCUCGCAGACUCCCGAUGACACUGUCGUUCACCUCGAAUUUUUGCUCCUCAAGCUGAGUGCCUUGCAGGAGAAGGCACUCAAAGCAUCGAUUGAUGCGCAAAAUGCUGGGAAGAAAAGGUUCUCUCUCUCCCUACCUACCGCGGUCGCGGAUUUGAAGCUCGAGAGGUCACGAACCCAUAGCAUGCUCUCGGAUCUCAUCAUUGGGCUGGAUGGUAUCGCAAAGAGUCUGAAGGAGCUGAAGCGAAGGCAGUCAUCGGAAAUGAAUCCGACCGAGUUCAAUGUCAACAACCUCUUGGCCAAUGUUGCUGGCGGCGACAAAGGGAUUGUGUCCAUGGAGGACACGAAGCUGGUGAAUCGUGUGAAAACACCAUCGGUCAAGGGGAGUAACUCGGCGCCCUCAGAACCGUUGUACGAUUUUUUCGCUCAGGAUGAGCUUCGCAAAUACCUCUCGGUUAGGGAGAAUCGAAGAGGAGCCAAGAAUUUUAUGGGCGUGAGUGCUACCUAUGGCACAAUUGGGCACGCCUGUGUGUCCAGCAAGGGCUUAUUAGAGAAGUACAUGGAUUACGACAUAGGGGAGGUUUGCAGGGACGAUUGGGUGAUUGCACAGCAGCUCAUCCUCAGGGGAUGCGAACCUCUUCCGCGGCGGCGAUGCCGUGCGCAGGGUCCGAAGGUAUACAAGCCACCUCCCCCUGCAAAUGAGUCCUUGUGGGCCAUUCCCGCUAAUGAGAACAUCCGGUGGGACAACUACUUCUGUAAGAAUUUCUCAUGUUUAGCAGAUUACGUGCACCGCAAGAAAUUCUUUAAGUGCAGUCCAUGCUUCGACUUAGAAAUCCUCGAGAAGCAGCGUUGGGUGGUGCCGAAUACCACCGACGGGGAGUUUCUGAUCACCGACGUGCUCGCGCUGAAGCCCGGGGAGGUCCGCAUCGGGUUGGACUAUUCCAUGGGCACAGGCACCUUCGCAGCACGCAUGAAGGAACACGAUGUUACCAUCGUGUCCACAACGCUCAACUUGGGCGCCCCUUUCAGCGAGACGAUUGCGCUUCGUGGCCUGGUCCCGCUCUACAUAUCAAUCAACCAGCGCCUCCCGUUCUUCGACAACACGCUGGACAUUGUGCACACCACCAUGUUUCUUGAUGCCUGGGUUGACCACCAGGUUCUGGAUUUCAUCCUCUUCGACUUCGACCGUGUCCUGCGCAGGGGCGGCCUCCUUUGGCUGGACAGAUUCUUCUGCCACCGGGAGGAGCUUGCCGAGUAUAUGUUCUACUUCAAGCGCCUCCGCUACAAGGCGCACAUGUGGGUCACCGUGCCGAAAACGGACAAGGGCAAGGACGAAGUGUAUUUCUCGGCCGUUUGGGAAAAACCGCACACCCCGUUCUAGUGCGAAGCAGUGCGAGAAUAAUCGGCUUGACUAUUUUCCAUCAGAAUGGAUUCCACUGAUUGUGGUAUCUCUGAUCCGGAUUGUGGUAUCUCUAAACCAAACUUGCAUUGUGGUAUCUCUAAUCCUGGUCACCAACAACCGCGAAACCAUCAUGCAGUUGGCUGUUGAACGAUCAGUCCCCUGUCUUUGAGGACAGCCAUGGCCCCCUUUGUGUCUGAGUGUACAAUUUCGUUAGCGAGCUUUUGGCCAAGAGACCGUAAAGUUCAAUGCACGUUUGUAGAUUAUCAUAAUAUUUUCGAUUUUGUGUAUAGUUUUUAGAGUAGAAUUUGCAAGCGUAAGCAUGUGGGCGUGUACAGCAGAUAUAAUUCAAUCUGAAUUCUGGUGGCGUGUUCGAUA